AUGCAGACAAUAAAGUGUGUUGUUGUAGGUGAUGGUGCUGUUGGUAAAACAUGUUUACUAAUUUCCUAUACCACAAGCAAAUUUCCAGCAGAUUAUGUUCCCACAGUAUUUGACAACUAUGCAGUAACAGUAAUGAUUGGUGACGAGCCUUUCACAUUGGGGUUAUUUGAUACUGCAGGUCAAGAAGAUUAUGAUAGAUUGAGACCAUUGUCUUAUCCCUCAACUGAUGUAUUUUUGGUUUGUUUUUCAGUUAUAUCGCCAGCAUCUUUUGAAAACGUGAAAGAAAAAUGGUUCCCCGAAGUACACCACCACUGUCCCGGGGUGCCUUGCUUGAUUGUUGGUACACAGACCGACUUGAGGAAUGAUGAUGUUAUAUUGCAAAGAUUACAAAGACAAAAAUUGCAACCAAUCACUCAAGAACAAGGUGAGAAGUUAGCUAGAGAAUUAAGAGCUGUUAAAUAUGUCGAGUGUUCUGCAUUGACGCAAAGAGGAUUGAAGACUGUUUUUGAUGAAGCCAUCGUUGCUGCAUUGGAACCGCCCGUGAUUAAAAAGUCAAAGAAAUGUACUAUUCUAUAG